GGGCCCGUCCAUCCCCCUUCUCCAGGGGAGAGAGUGGGCCCGUCCAUAUAACACCCCCCCCGGGAGAGAAUGGGCCCGUCCAUAUAACACCCCCCCUCGGCAGAGAGUGGGCCCGUCCAUAUAACACCCCCCCCCCCCGGCAGAGAGUGGGCCCGUCCAUCUAUUCCCCCCCCCGGGAGAGAAUGGGCUCGUCCAUCCCCCUUCUCCAGGGGAGAGAGUGGGCUCGUCCAUAUACCACCCCCCAGGAGAGAGUGGGCCCGUCCAUCCACACCCGAACACCCUUCUCCUCUCCACCUACCCUGGGCGCCCGCGCUCUGGGGAUGCCCGACUCACCGGGGCUCGUCGGCCGCUGCAGCACCCGCAGGAGCAGAGUCGGCCCCCCCCCGCGCUCCCCGCCACCCGCCCAGCUGAGCCCCCGGGCGAUGGAGCCAGGGACGCUCGCUGACGGUACCGGGGCGGACGAUCCAGCCGGGGGAGACCCCGGGUCCCCGGAGCCCCCCGCCAAGCUGGCCCGGCAGAACGGCUCCCCCGGGGGCCAGGCGCCGGGGGCGGGAUCCAGGCCGGAGGAGGACCCCGGCGGGGAGCCGGCUGGGGGACAGGGGCUGGCGGAAGCAGGGAGCGAAGUGCCGGAGGACGGAGGACAGGAACCGGAGUGGGAAGAGGAGUACUACCUGCCGGGCUACGAGUUCCUGGGGCCCCCCAAAUUGCUGACGGGGGCCUGGGGCGAAUACGGCAGCAUGCCGGAGAACUUCCUCAAGGGCUGCAAGUGGGCCCCCGACGGCUCCUGUCUCCUGACCAACAGCGCCGACAACACCUUGCGCAUUUACAACCUGCCCCCCGAGCUCUACGGCCAGGAGUGGGGGGCCGUGGCCGAGAUGAGCCCCGUGCUGCGAAUGGCCGAGGGAGACACCGUCUACGACUACUGCUGGUUCCCGCUGAUGAGCUCCGCGGACCCGCCCACCUGCUUCUUUGCCAGCAGCAGCCGUGACAACCCCGUCCACGUGUGGGACGCUUUUCACGGGGACCUGCGGGCCACGUUCCGCAGUUACAACCACCUGGAUGAACUGACGGCCGCUCACUCCCUUUGCUUCACCCCCGACGGCUCCCAGCUGUUCUGCGGGUUCGAUAAGACCGUGCGGGUGUUCGACACGGAGCGCCCGGGCCGGGUGUGCGAGAGCCGUCCCACGUUUGUGAAGAAACAGGGGCAGAGCGGCAUCAUCUCCUGCAUCGCCUUCAGCCCGCUCCAGCCCCUCUACGCCUGCGCCUCCUACUCCCGGACGGUGGGGCUGUACUCGCGGGCCGAGGGGGCGCCCCUGGCCAUGCUGCAGGGCCACCAGGGCGGCGUCACCCACGCCCUCUUCGCCCCCAACGGCACCCGGCUCUACACCGGCGGGCGCAAGGACCCCGAGAUCCUGUGCUGGGACCUGCGGCACCCGGGCCGGGUUCUGUUCUCCAUGCGCCGCACCGUGGCCACCAACCAGCGCCUUUACUUCGAUCUCGAGCCGAGCGGCCGGUUCCUGCUGAGCGGUACCACGGAGGGGCUGGUCUCGGUGUGGGACACGGAUCAGCCCCCGACCGGAGACACGGAGCCGUUGCUGGAACCCGCGCUGCAGUUCCAGGCCCUGCGGGACUGCGUUAACGGGAUCAGCUUGCACCCCAGCCUGCCCCUGCUGGCCAGCGCGUCCGGCCAGCGCGAGUUCCCGGAGCCGUGGGACAGCGGCGAGGAGGACGUGGAAGGGGGGCCCGGGCCCCCCCAGCGCCCGGCCCGUGGCCAGAACUGCCUGCAGCUCUGGUGGUGUGGGGAGAGCCGGGGGCACGACCCGGCCCCUCCUGCCCCGUGAUGCGGCCUCCGGAUGGGUCGGGGAAAGUGGGGGGCUGAGCUGUGGGGAGCGAUGGGGGGGGGCACUGUUUGGCGCAGGGGAUUUGUACAUAACGCACUCAGCUUUGUCUCUAUUCGCUGGCUCGUUUGGAGCCAUAAAACUUUUUUUAUCAUCCCC